AUGGCUGGUGAUCAAAGUGUGUUUGUGAACAUGGAAGAAGAAAACCAUUCUUCUGGAAAUAGAAUUCAGCCCUUGUCCGCUACCCCCACCAAAUCGGAAGCCCGGAUGCUGGAUCGGAAGAAUCAAACACCUUUCACACUUGGUCAAAGGCUUGGGUUGGACGAGCUUGUUUCCUUGAAUGUUUGGAGGGCAUCAAUUGGAGAGCUUCUUGGUUCAGCAGUUCUGGUGUUCAUGAUAGACACCAUAGUCAUAUCAACGUACGAGUCCCAAGUCAAAAUGCCCAACUUAAUCAUGGCUGUCAUGGUCGGAAUUAUCGUCACAAUUCUCCUAAUUGCAGUGUUUCCAGUUUCUGGUGGCCAUAUUAACCCCAUCAUCUCGCUCUCCGCCGCAUUAGUGGGCCUGAUUUCACUUUCACGGGCCUUCAUUUACAUCGUAGCCCAAUGUGCUGGAGCUAUCCUUGGAGCACUAGCUUUAAAGGCGGUGGUUAACAGUAGCAUCGAGAGGACAUUUUCACUGGGCGGCUGUACUCUCACUGUGGUAGCACCAGGCCCACAGGGACCCGUCACCGUAGGCCUGGAGACAGCCCAGGCAUUUUGGUUGGAAAUCUUUUGCAGCUUCAUCUUCUUAUUUGCCUCCAUUUGGAUUGCCUACGACCAUCGCCAAAGACAGAGGCUCGGCCUCCUCACAGUUUUUUCCAUCAUUGGAAUCGUCAUUGGGCUUCUUGUGUUCGUAUCCACCACCGUGACCGCCACCAAGGGUUACGCCGGAGCCGGGAUUAAUCCGGCCAGGUGUUUCGGGGCCGCGGUUGUGAGGGGAGGCCAUUUGUGGGACGGGCAUUGGGUGUUCUGGGCUGGGCCUGCUAUAGCAUGUGCCGCAUUCUACAUUUACACUAAGAUCAUACCGACCGACCAUUUUCAUAGCGAAGGAUACAAACACGACUUCUUUGGAAUCGUCAGGACUCUAACCGGAUCCAAACGUUGA